UCCUGCCACCUUCACCUCUAUCCGUCAAAACGAAUCGUCAAUCCCGCACUCACCUCCACACAACCGCAACAAUCAGUCCACAUCAGUAAACGCUUGAUUGUGACUCCCCGAAAACACUCGCGCCUUUCUCUCAAAUCAUCUUGCCCGACAGGCUUGCGUCUUCAAUCGAGAUCACCCCAGCGACCACACACCCAACACCACCAUGCCCGAGGACGCCCCCUACGACCCCUACAUCCCCAGCGGCCAGGCUGGCGCUGCGUCUCAUGGAGCCGAGUCACAGCAGGGCGGCAAUGCGCGCACCCAGGCGCUGCAAGCGCAAAUCGACGACACUGUCGGCGUCAUGAGGGAUAACAUCAACAAGGUGUCCCAACGUGGCGAGCGUCUCGAUGCGCUGCAAGACAAGACGGACAACCUGGCCGUGUCAGCCCAGGGCUUCCGCCGCGGUGCCAAUCGCGUUCGCAAGCAGAUGUGGUGGAAGGAUAUGAAGAUGCGCAUGUGCCUCAUCGUCGGUGUCAUCAUUCUUCUCCUCAUCAUCAUCAUUCCUACUGUCAUUGCGACCAAAUAAGCUGCCUUGCCCAGGUUGCGGUUCUCUUUUGAGGGGGAUUGCAAAGCUUCUCACGA